GAGGACGACAAGCAGGAGGUUCCCUCCAAGCCUCCGCGGACCCGGUGCGCCCCAGGCGCCGCGGUGCCCGCGCGGCCCGCCUGGCAGCCCGGCUGCGCCGUCGUCGACCUGGCCAGCGGGGACGAGUCCGGCGAGCACGGCGACGGCAAGGACGGCCUGUGGGACAGCCCGUGGACCGUGCAGGGCGUGGCCGCGGCCAGCGGGCGGGCAGGCGCCGAGUUUUACGACCUGUCCACGCCCUCCCCGUCGCCGGUGCUGGGUCCCGUCGCGGCGCCGGCGAUGUCGUGCUUGUACCAGCCCGUCUUCUAG